GACGUGUACCGCUACUACCUGCAAGCUUCAGCUGGCGGCUGCGUGAAAGCUCAGCUUCUUCUGGCCGAGUUCUGCAUGGAUGGCAAGUUCAUGGAGGUGAACCGGAACUGCAGCGCAACUUGGGCUCGACGGGCGCUGGAAAGCGGCGCCUCGCGCACGGCGCUCUUUGCAGAGACCUUCUUUCAGCUCGCCGAGUGCUUUCUGGAAGGAAAGCAUGGUCCAAUGGAUCAGGCUUCGGCUUUCUUUUGGCUGCAAGUGGCCGCCGACGCGGGAUCUGCCAAGGCCCAGUACACGCUGGGAAGAGAGCUGUUGGAGGACCUCGCGGUGGCUACUGGCAACGAGUUUGCCGCCGAGUGGUUGCAGAGGGCCGCAGAUCAGGAUCAUGAGGAGGCACAGUUCCUCCUCGGCGUCGCACUGGCCAUGGGCCAAGGCCUGCCAAAGAACGACUCGGCAGCUGCGGAGUGGUUCCAGAAAGCUGCAGAGCGAGGCCACGCCAUGGCCCAGUACAACCUGGCGAUUGUGUUGGAGGAGGGCCGCGGCCUUGAGGCCAACGCCUCGGCAGCCGAG